AUGGAAGAAUUGGCUCAAAUGUAUAUCAAAGAGAUUGUCAGGUUGCAUGGCGUGCCUUCUACUAUUAUAUCAGACAGAGAUCCUCGUUUCACAUCAAGGUUCUGGAGAGCUUUUCAGCGUGCAUUUGGGACUCAGUUAAGUUUGAGUACUGCAUAUCAGCCUCAGACAGAUGAAGGAGAGCAUGUCUUUCUAAAGGUUACACCAACCACUGGAGUGGGAAGAGCUAUUAAGACUAAGAAACUGAAUCCUCGUUAUAUUGGGCCAUUUGAGAUUCUGAAAAGAAUUGGGCCAGUGACUUAUAUAAUUGCCUUACCGCCGUAUCUUUUGAACUUGCACGAUGGGUUUCAUGUGUCACAGCUUCGGAAGUAUACUCCUGACGCAAGUCAUAUCCUAGAACCGGAACCAAUCCAAGUAAGAGAAGAUCUAACACUUCUAGUAAUUCCGGUGAGAAUUGAUGACACUAGUAUUAAACGAUUACGCGAAAAGGAAUUAUCAUUGGUAAAAGUAGCUUGGAGUCGAGCUGGUAUCGAGGAACAUACUUGGGAACUUGAAUUAGAUAUGCAAAAGUACUACCCACAUCUCUUUUCAGGUAACUGA